AUUUGACGUAUGUGUAAAAAUUAAUAAUUUGUGAACACAAAAAGGAAAACUUAAUGUAUAUAACACAAAAAGAAAACUUAAUAUAUAUUAUUAUCAUUGGCAGAAAUGUAUCAAAAUGUGACAAAUAAUUUGUGAAAAACAUAAAAAAAAAUUCUUAAAAGGAAUAGGAAUUCCUGACACAUUGCAAGUGCAAGUUACAUGUGAAAAAAUAAUUUAUAAAAAAUAUAAAAAGAAAAAUUAAUACAUAUAUCAUAUUUAAUACAUAUGAAAAAUUAAUACAUAUGUCAAUUGACAGCAAACUUGCAACGAUUUGAUACAUAUGAAAAAAUAAUUUAUAAAAAAUAUUUAAAAAAAUUAAUACAUAUAUCAUAUUUAAUACAUAUGUCAAUUGGCAGCAAUAGGGAAACCUAUUUAAGAUAUUUAAGAUAGGAAAACCUAUUUAAGAUAUUUAUGAAAAGUAAUUACAAGGGAAUGAAUGAAAGGAAUGUAGGAAAAUCUAUUUAAGAAAAGUAGUUACAAGGGAAAGGACGGAUUUUUUUGCAAAAAAGGAGGCUCGCGCAAAAUAAAAAGAGAAUAGUUUAGAAUAUUUGGACUUUCUAGCAAAGCCGUGUAGUAAUAUGUAUGAAAAGAUAAAAUAUUCCAAUCCUUAACACAAUAGGAAACCUAAAAUCAACAGGAAACCACAACCCCUAUAAAUAUUUGGGUGCACCCACAUACCAUCCCAAUUGCUUCUCAGUUCACUUCCGUUGAUCAAUCUCUGCAAUGGCUUUCACCACGAGAAAAGUUUUUCAAGUAGGCGAUGGGGUAGAAGUGUGCAGCAAGCAAGAAGGGUUUCACGGUUCGUAUUAUGAAGGAAUUGUAAUUGAAAACUUGGGGGACAAGUAUAAGGUGAAGUACAAGAACCUGGUGGAGGAGGAUGACAUGUCCACCGCUCUGGAAGAGCUCGCGGAGGUGGACGAGGUCCGGCCUGUGUGUCCUAAAGUUUGGCCUGACUUUUUUCCCAGCGAGAAGGUUGAUGCGUUCGCCAACGACGGUUGGUGGGCGGGGAUCAUUACUAGGAAGAGUGGAGACGACUGGUUUGUCUACUUUCCAAGCACUUUUGAGCAUAUAGCUUACCCUAAGAAUCAUAUCAGGCUUCAUCUGGAGAGCCGCCGCAACGGAUGGGUUUCUCGCGAUGGACGGGUCUUCUCUUGCGAGGGAAAGCCGCUGUCUUGCAAGAAGAGACUGCGCAUUGUGAUGGGAGGAUCAUCAUCGACAUCUGUUAAAGCUCGACUUGUUUAAUUACUUCAUGUGUAAACCUUUUUGGUGGUUUUUUUUUGGAUUUCUUGGUAAUUUGUGUUGUGAUUGGCGCAAUGGAAAUUGGUGGUUUAUA